AUUACUUUUAUAGAAGGACAGGUCACAGAAAAGAGCAGGUCAACUCUGGAAUUUCAAAACAUAAAGGAAAAAACGGAGGUUUUUUCACUUAAGAUCGAGACUUUCCUUCCUCGGCUCUACUUACGGUGUCCUGCGGAACUUCAACUCUUUAAUCCUUUUAAUAACUUGGCAAUUCCUCCCUCUAUCUAUCUAAUUAUCCGAAGGAGAAACUCUUUCCCAAAGCAUUUUUGAACUUUCUUUCAUGGCGGAUAUACUUGCUUCUUUGAGGUCUUUAAUGGCCUCUCAAUCUCCUCCUCUCGAUGCCUUACUUGUCCCUUCUGAAGAUUAUCAUCAGAGCGAAUAUGUUUCUGCUCGUGACAAAAGGCGCGAGUUUGUUUCUGGAUUCACCGGAAGUGCAGGAUUGGCACUUAUAACAAAAAAUGAAGCAAGGCUAUGGACCGACGGCCGAUAUUUCUUGCAAGCAACGCAGCAGCUUAGUGAUCAGUGGAAACUAAUGCGUAUCGGAGAAGAUCCUCCCGUUGAUGCCUGGAUGUCUGAUAAUUUGCAAAAGGAGGCAGCUAUUGGGAUUGAUCCUUGGUGUGUGUCGGUAGACACGGCUCAAAGAUGGGAACGAGCUUUUGCGAAAAAGAAUCAGAAAUUAGUUCAAACCUCAACAAAUUUGAUUGAUGAGAUUUGGAAAAAUCGGCCACCAGCUGAAAUUAAUCCAGCUGUUGAUCAUCCCUUGGAAUUUGCCGGUCGUUCUGUCGCUGAAAAGUUGAAAGCUUUGAGGGAAAAGCUCUCCAGUGAAAAGGCUCGUGGGAUUAUCAUCACAACUUUAGAUGAGGUUGCGUGGUUGUAUAAUAUCCGUGGGAGCGAUGUAUCUUACUCUCCUGUUGUUCAUGCAUUUGCUAUCGUAACAUUGAAUUCGGCUUUCCUUUAUUUGGACAAAAGGAAGGUUUCUUCUAAGGUGAGCUCUUCCUUGCAAGCGAAUGGAAUUGAAGUUCGGCAGUAUGGUGCAGUGAGUUCUGAUGCUGCGAUGUUAGCAUCUAAUCAGCUUGACCAGGCCACGGGAGUGAAUUCUGGUCAAAAUGGUGUUUGUCAAAAUGAUACUUGUGAUAAUGAUCUUAUAUGGGUUGAUCCUGCUUCAUGCUGCUAUGCUUUGUUUUCGAGACUAGAUGCUAAUAAGUUGCUUCUGCAGCAGUCACCUUUGGCCCUCGCAAAAGCCUUAAAGAAUCCAGUUGAGCUGGAUGGAUUGAAAAAUGCGCAUAUCCGGGAUGGUGCAGCUGUUGUGCAGUAUCUAGUCUGGUUGGAUAAGCAGAUGCAAGAGAUUUAUGGGGCUUCAGGUUACUUCUUGGAAGGGGAGGUAACAAGCAAAAAGAUACCGAAUGCACCAUGCAGGGAGACUAUGAAACUGACAGAGGUGUCUGUUAGUGAUAAAUUGGAGGGGUUUCGUGCAUCAAAAGAGCACUUUAGAGGCCUAAGUUUCCCCACUAUUUCUUCGGUUGGUCCAAAUGCGGCCAUCAUCCAUUACUCACCUCAGGCCAAAACAUGUGCUGAGCUUGAUCCAAAUAGCAUUUAUCUUUUUGAUUCAGGAGCGCAGUAUCUAGAUGGAACAACUGAUAUAACUCGGACAGUUCAUUUUGGAAAGCCUUCAGCACACGAGAAGGCUUGCUAUACCUCAGUUCUAAAGGGCCAUAUUGCUUUGGGCAAUGCUCGAUUUCCUAAUGGAACAAAUGGUUAUUCUCUUGAUAUUCUGGCUCGAAUUCCUUUGUGGAGGUAUGGUCUUGAUUAUCGACAUGGUACUGGUCAUGGAAUUGGGUCUUACCUAAAUGUUCAUGAAGGGCCGCAUCAAAUUAGUUUCAGACCACAGGCUCGUAAUGUGCCACUUCAAGUUUCCAUGACAGUAACAGAUGAGCCUGGAUAUUAUGAAGAUGGCAACUUUGGUAUAAGAUUGGAGAAUGUACUCGUAAUCAAGGAGGCUGAUACCGAAUUCAACUUCGGUGACAAGGGAUAUUUAUCAUUUGAGCAUAUCACAUGGGCACCGUAUCAAAUAAAAUUGAUAGACUUAAGCAUCUUGACACCGGAGGAAAUACAGUGGUUAAAUAGGUACCAUUUGAAAUGUCGGGAAAUUCUUGGACCUUACUUGGAUACGAAUGAGAUGGAAUGGCUGAAAAAAGCUACUGAACCUGUAAGUGCAUGAUGUGUCUAUUCAAGAAGCUUAUGGAAAUUCUUGCAUCGUUUUUAUGCUUUUAUUCUAUAUUAAGAAUAAAUAUAUGAGAUUUGUUCUAUAAAUGAUAUUUAUUUUGCACAUUUACAUGUGAUAUGGAGUAAUUAAUGGUUGUCUUCCUUGUAA